UUUCAACGCCGCAAAUCCCGCCGCGACCUGUCUUGAGUCCAUUUCCUGAUCAGAGGGUAUGGAUAGGAGGUAGCGGCCCUUGAAGCAUCACGAUUGUGAAUAGGCUCCGUCAUGGGUCUUAUUUUCUCCAGGUGGAGGAAAAAGGAAUCGCUCGGAGAAGUGUUAGAAUUACUGGAGAAGGAUAUCAAAGCAUUGCAGUCCAGUCAGCAAAGAACGGAAAACCUCAGGAAGAAAUUUAUUGGUUCUCUGAUCCUGUACUCAGUUGUGAUGUACAUUUUAGCUGCUCUUGUGUGCUACUUCUAUGACUUUCCAAAGUCUUGGAAAGCUAAAAUUGUGCGAUCAAUUCCACUCCUUGUAUUUCCUUUUGUAGUGUAUUUAUUGAAGAGAGUGCUUCAUUACUUUUUUGUUCAAAGAAUUAGUAAGAAUGAAAGAAGGCUGGAAGAGUUAAAGGACAAGAAGAGACAAGUUCUUGAGGAAGUGAUGGAAAAAGAGACUUACAAAGCAGCUAAAGAUUUGCUGGCUAAAUAUGACCCCAAUUCUGAAGUAGUCAAGGUGGAAAGAAAAGAGACACCUAUUUCAACUCCUACACACAGUGUGCAGAGUCCAAGUGGCUCAAUGGGAACAGAAUUAAGACAGAGGAAUGCCCUGGGUAAGGUUGAAAGUCCAGGGGCUCCAUUACAGCGCACCAUCUCUGAGCCCUCUCUAGCAGAGUCUCCAGGCCAGAUGAACCAAUCAGGGGAUAGCAAACAGACAAAUCAGAAGGCAAUAGAGCCAAAGAAAUCCAACAGCCUCAUGAAUAUUCCUUCAAACUCAUCAGGUGCAGCAUCUCCAUUGCCCCCUGGUACGCCCCGCAGAAUAGCCUCACCAGGUCCCAUGCCGAGACCUGCUCAGCCAAUCUUACCACGAGAGAGAACAGCUAUGGAUAAAUUGGUGGAAUAUCUUGUUGGUGAUGGACCAAAUAACAGAUAUGCUCUGAUAUGCAGUCAAUGCCACUCUCACAAUGGAAUGGCCUUGAAGGAGGAAUUUGAAUAUAUAGCAAAACUGGAUUAUGACACUUGGUCAUCUCCAAGACAAACCUCUGGACAAGGUGCUGGGCUGCACCACAGGAAACCCACAAAUUCAGUGCAGGCCAUGUUAGAGAAAAAGAAUGUGACACAAAAAGCAGAUGAGCCCAGUUCUGUGAAGGAGGAAGAGUUAUUGAAUGGUGAUGAUGCUGCAGUGGAGAAAAUCAAAGAAACUGCCAACAGCUCAGACAUCAAUUUGGAAGACAAAGACUGUGACCAAGGGCACUAACAUGUUGUAUGCAGUUGUUGCUGUGGAUGAUUACAGUUUUGUUCUGUUGGGUACAAAGAUAUUUUAAAUUAUCAUUUAAAUGAGCAAGAGCAAGGUUGUUAUAGGGACUAGAAAAUACUGUGGUGUCAUGUGAUAUGCACUGAAUUUAUUCACAUUAAAUUCCAAAGGCCUCUAGUUCAAGUAAAUUCAGUUAAACCAUGAGAAGCACAAGAAGAUUAAAUUUCUUGUUUAGUCACAGAUUCUUUAUAGAUGGUUUAUUUAUUAUGAGUAUUAACGAGGAGUUGUUCCCUCUUAUGAUGGAGAUAUGUCAGAUACUCUGUCAGAUUAAUUUAUUGAGAGAAUAAAUGACACUUUUAACAAUAAAACUUUUGUGACUGUA